AUGGCGCGACGUGAGGGUCGCCAUCACGGCUCAGGUUCUUCACAUGAAGGCAUCGUCUCGGCGGCGAUGUCGGUCUAUGUGUACCCUUAUCUCACAAUCCACCUGUACCGAGGGCGCAAAGGCGUGCCCACGGGAGAUAUGAUACCCAAUCUUAGUGAUCGUUCAGUACUUGACCCUGCUGGACUGGCGCUUACGAGCGCUACGAAUCUGCGGCCGGCUUUGCGCGCUAAGCGUUAA